CGUGCAACCGCCGCGGCAUCCUUCUCCACAAUUUCCCCUUUCACACGGUACAUGAACGCUUGAUUGCAGCAGAAAGUAGGGUUGUUUGAGCGACAGCAGAAGCCGCCCAACCUCCAAAAAAAUUCUCUUCCACUUUUGCCCCUCUCGCUCUCCCUCAGGGUUCAAUGAAGGAUUCCUCACCUGACAUUAACAAAGAAAAUGCAUCUAUGGUUGGUUCUUCCUUGACUGAAUCUAAACAAGACAGAGAGAACUGCGAUGAUCCAGGAAACUCGAGCUACAAAGAAAAUGAAGAGUCAUAUCCUAUUAGGGCAGAAGAACAAGAUCGACCAUUUGAUGGGAUAGGAAGUUUAAGUACUUCGAGAAAUGAAAAGCCAGAUACAACCAGAUACUUCGUCAUUAAAAGCUUAAGCCAUCAUAAUAUUCAACUAUCAAUUGAGAAAGGCAUUUGGGCGACACAAGUUAUGAAUGAACCAAUUUUGGAGGAAGCCUUUCAUAACUCCAGUAGAGUAAUUCUAAUAUUUAGUGUCAACAUGAGUGGCUUCUUCCAAGGGUAUGCUCAAAUGAUGUCUUCAGUUGGAUGGAGGCGAGAAAAUGUUUGGAGCGAAUCAAAUGGUGGGAGUAACCCUUGGGGCCGCACUUUCAACGUCAAAUGGCUUCGAUUAAACAACUUGCCCUUCCAAAAGACUCUUCAUCUCAAGAAUCCAUUAAAUGAUUACAAACCUGUCAAAAUUAGCAGAGACUGCCAGGAGUUAUCAGAAGAUGUUGGUGAAGCUCUCUGCAGGCUCAUUGACGGAAAUAUUGAUGUGGAUGGAAAGCUGAAGAGCUUCUCUGUAAGUUUAUGCAGGAAUAGUGAUUUUAGGGAUGAAUUCCUUCUAAAAAGACCUUGUAGAGAGAUUGCAGUUCCUUUGCAAGACGAAGAUUAUGCCUCUGUCUCUUCAUCAAAUAUGGCAUGGGCUAGAGCACCCAUUCUGUACCCUUCCUUGUUGUAUCAACAAUCCAUGCUAGCUGAUUCUCAUAAUGCUCAGAAAAUGCAUGGAAUGUCUUCUGGAGUGUCUCUUCCUGAUCAUUUACCCACCCACUUGGAGGUACCAAAUGUUUCACAGAUGAAGCAUUCUCGCGUUCGUGGGAAUUCGAUUAACAGACGAGAUAAGAGGGAUCCAGUUUUACAACUUAAUAAAAAGGAUCUAUCUGAUGAGAGAAGCCCCCUAGCUGAUUCCAUGUCCGAGGAAGAUAUUCUUGAUAUGCAUGAGGCAUGCAUACUUCAUCUUGGAGGCACAUCUCCAUCACAUCCACUCAGCACAAAUUUUAUUAGAAACAUCCUCAUCAAUCCUCCCAUCCUUUUGAAUAAUAGAGCGAAGGUAAUGAAAUACAUUGCAUUGGGGAAUCUCUUCACCAUCAAUUUUAACUAAAAUGUUUUGUCUAUGACUGCUUUCACUAAAAUUGCAUUCCAAAUACUCCUCUUGAUUCUGUUAGUUUUUUUAAUCUUCCUCCAAACCUCCAAUUUAGCAUUUUCCCCUCUCUAUUCUUGUUGAUCAACACCAUGUCAUCUGCAAACAACAUAAACUAAGGAGAGGUCCUGGGCACUAGCAGUUAAUCAUCUACAGCAAGUGCAAAAUGUUAAGGGCUUAGUGUUGCCCCUCAUGAAGAUUGACUACUAUUGGUAACUCAACAGUCCCACCACAAGCAGUUCUCACUCUUGUAACGUCAUGCAUGCCUUUAUUGAUGUCAAUGCAUCCAGUGUUUCCAUUGUCGACGAAAAAGCAAUAAUAUCGCCGAUAUUAUCGUUGUCGCUGGACCGGCAAUACCAAAACACCAAAAGAUUCAUUUCUCUUCCUAAUGUCGACGA